AAGGAGCCACUGAGCAAACAGCUUUUCAGAGAGCUUCAACUCAGCUGUCAGAGGGGGCAGUUUGGUCUCUGUGCAAGCAAUACUCACAUUCCAAACUGCAUUAGAGAAAAGCUGGUGGGGGUUUAUGCAUUUUUAUUAUCAGUUCCAGACUAGGAAUUUGAUGCUAAUUUUUUCUUAAAGCCUGUGUUUGCAGCAGAGUUUAUAUUCUAAAACAAAGCCAGGAUUGUGAUGUUUUUCUCUCACUAGCUUGCUCUUCUUUAUCUUUUCUUUUUUUUUCCUCCCCUUGGCUUUACUCCAAGGACCUUUUCUGCUUGUUUGUUACACUCUCAAGAUGAAGCACUGGAUGGUUACAGCAGUGCUGAUAGCACUGGUACAGGUUUCUCAGAGUUUCCCUGCCUUGUACCACCGAGGUUGGUGGAGGCUGCUAAGGGAAGGAGAUAGUUGUGGAAAAUGCGAUUUGACGCUUUGCUCUGAGCCUAAAGACUGUCCAGCCGGGACUGUGUUGGAUCGUUGUGGCUGCUGUCUGGAAUGUGGGAAUGUGGAAGGUCAGAUCUGCGACUUGGACCAGGGCAAUCAUUUUUAUGGGCAGUGUGGGGAUGACCUCGAGUGCAGGCUGGAUGCUGAUGAAGCAAGGUUUGGGGAAGUCCCCGAACCCCAGUGUGUGUGCAAGUCUCAAGAGAGCAUCUGUGGACCCGAAGGGAAAACCUACGAGAACAUCUGUCAAUUCAACAAGGCUUAUGCUGCAAAAAGAAAUAUCAGCAUGAAACAUAAAGGGCCAUGUGAAUCAGCUCCUGUUAUUUCUAUGCCACCUCAGGAUGCCCAGAAUUACACAGGCAAUGAUGUCAUUUUUGGCUGUGAGGUGUCAGCCUAUCCUAUGCCACAUCUUGAAUGGAAAAAAAAGGGGAAUAAAAUGUUUCUGCCAGGAGAUGACACCCAUGUCUCAGUUCAGGCAAGAGGUGGGCCUCAGAAGUAUGGUGUGACAGGUUGGCUGCAGAUUCAAGGACUCAAAAAGUCAGAUGAAGGCAUUUACAUAUGCCACACCAGAAAUAAGUAUGGUGCAACAUAUGCCUCUGCAAGACUGAAAGUCGUUGACGACCCAUCUCCUCCAUUUGCAUUUACUGCUGGCAGUAGAAGUGCAAGCUACAGCAUUGAAUAUGAGGACUAUUAUGACAAUUCUGAUGAAGAUGAUGAUGAAGAAUAUGAAUCCGGGGACUAUGAUAACGGAAACAACUCUGAAUAAUAGUUUUUAUACAUCUGUUGUCCAAUACCUUUCACACUGUUAUAUUUACCAGUAAUCUCUGUGCUGUAAAUGGCUCCUCUGCUAACACAUGUAUAUCCACCUUCCUGAAAUUCAGCUUUGGAUAAAGUGUAUCAUGCUACUCAGGAAAAAUAAGAACAUUUGUAACACCUCACAUUUAAAUUGUUAAAUAUAAUGCUUCAACAUGCACCUUUCUACUAGAUAUACCAAAGGCAUCAAAUUUUAUGAUAAUUUUAAAAUUAUUUUAUAAUUUCUUUCACACAUUCUAAUUUGUCUAGCAAAAAUGUCAAUAGUUAAACAAAAUUUUUACCUUGUAUCAAUUUGCUUUUUUUCUAUAAUGUACUACAUAAUAUCAAAAGAUUGUUCACAUGGCAACAAGCCUAAGUAUGGAGUUUGCAAACUAGUCUUUAAUCUCCUUAGUUCCUGUUUUCUCUUAAGUUUCAGCAAGAUUUUCCUUCUCAUUUGAAAUGUUCCAUGAUUAGUCUCAUCAAAUGUGAAUUAUGUGUCUUUUGGGGGAUUAUUUUGUUUACUUUUAAUAGAUACAUGAAGCAAUCCCAGUCUAAAGCAAGUAAGUGCUGUUUUAUUGGCAAUACUCAGAUAUUCCUAGAAAAGAUUCUUUGUGCAUUCAAGCAGCUGAGCACACCUUUGAACUCCUCUCUGUAACAGCUCCUGCGUUUCUCCUCAAAGUGCUGGCUCCUUCCCCCAGCCCAGGGAGCGGUUCAGAGUUUGGGAUGGUUACUUCACUCUGAACAGGGCAGUGUUUGGUGGCAUCACUGCAGUUUAAAGGCAGCAGUGGCUCUGUAGCUCGGUGCCUGCUUUUCAAACACAGAGAUCUGCCCUACAAGGGUUCCUUCAAGUGCUGUGAACGAAUUGCUCCUACUCUGCCCCAUCCAUGCUGUGUCCGACUAAAGCACAGCCAGCAUUGCCAGGCUGCUGGAAACGGCAGCAGAAAAGCAGGAAUCGUUCUUUCUGAAACCCACUGAACACAUGCACAUUAUUCAAAUCCAUCCACAGGAACCAGACAGCAAAGGAAACAGGUUCAAAAACACGAUACUUCCGAGUGUGGAGUGAAAAAUUUCUCCAAUUGCUUUUGUUAACUAUUUACAUGAAGGCUGGCUCUGAAUUAACGUGUGACUGAAGACAUCAACUAUGAAACCCACUUCUGGGGGGCACUUACAUCUCUGGUUCCUAUGGGCUGAGGGCAGAUGAACAGAGGUAAAUUACUCAACAUUUAGGACUAAGGAAGCAGAAGUUCAGGCAACUGCUUGGAAAGCCUUGGUAUCUGCAGUCUUCUUCAUCCAAGGGACAAACUCACAUAGUGAUUACUGCACACACUAAGGUAACCAUGAGUUAAAUUGAUGGCGACAAGAAAGCUUCAGGGGCAAUGCUACUGUAUGCAUACACGUGUAGGAUUUUUAUGCAUAUACAAUGCAUCACAAAUUCCUUCUUUAAUGUGCUAUUUGCGCCUUUUUUGCUACUAGAAAGAUUUUUUCCUUUCAAUUUGAAUUACUUUAGGAAAUUGGCUAUAGACUGUGUCUGCCCUGAGGUAUUAUUGACCUUUGCCCAGGUAGCAAACAAGCAAAGAAUAAUUUAUUUCAUUUCAGACUUCACAGAGUAUUGUCAACUUGUGAUAAGAAAGCAUAUAAUUGUGUCACUGAAAAAGAUUAAUUAGUUUAAAUUAGGAGUAUGAAGUGGCUUCAUAUUUGAUUACUGAUUUUGCUUUUAUGGACUCUUCCUGGUCUUCUUAGUGAUAUGUCUAGUAACUUCUUUUGUUUAUCCACUAUAUAUUAACUUGAACAUAAAGUUAUCUGAUAGAAAUCACUGAUUAUUUUUUAUGAAACUAUUUAAUAUAUUCAGGAUCAAUUGUGAUCAGCAUUGCAAACUAAUGAAUUAGAGUACUAAAGUCAUCACUAAAUGGUGGCAAUAUAUAUUGGCGUAGCCUGGUACAUGGCACAGAAAAUAAUCUUGAAAUCAUUAGCCAUAGAAAGAAAUUAGAAUUCUUCAGGGCCUUUUGCUGUUGUUAAUGUAAAAUGAAAAACAGAAAGAAAAGAAUGUUUGAAUGAGGAAAUAUGCAGCACAACCAAAACAAAUACCAGUCUGUGAGUGCUUGGCCUGAUGGACUAUGUCUAUUUAAGAAAAGCUAACCUUCGCAGAACAAAGGAUUCUAAAUUAAAUAUGUUGCAUUUC